GCGGCUGCGGCGGCGGUGGCGCCGCGCGUGAGGGGCCGCCUCGGGCCGAGCGGGCGCGGCGAGCGGCUGGGCGAGCGCAGCCAACAUGUCGGAUACCAAGGUAAAAGUUGCCGUCCGGGUCCGGCCCAUGAACCGACGAGAACUGGAACUGAACACCAAGUGCGUGGUGGAGAUGGAAGGCAACCAGACGGUCCUGCACCCUCCUCCUUCUAACACCAAACAGGGAGAAAGGAAACCUCCCAAGGUAUUUGCCUUUGAUUAUUGCUUUUGGUCCAUGGAUGAAUCUAACACUACAAAAUAUGCUGGUCAAGAAGUGGUUUUCAAGUGUCUUGGGGAAGGAAUUCUUGAAAAAGCCUUUCAGGGGUAUAAUGCAUGUAUUUUUGCAUAUGGACAGACAGGUUCAGGAAAAUCCUUUUCCAUGAUGGGCCAUGCUGAGCAGCUGGGCCUUAUUCCAAGGCUCUGCUGUGCUUUAUUUAAGAGGAUCUCUUUGGAGCAAAACGAGUCACAGACCUUUAAAGUUGAAGUGUCCUAUAUGGAAAUUUAUAACGAGAAAGUUCGGGAUCUUUUAGACCCCAAAGGGAGUAGACAGUCUCUUAAAGUUCGAGAACAUAAAGUUUUGGGACCAUAUGUAGAUGGUUUAUCUCAACUAGCUGUCACUAGUUUUGAGGAUAUUGAGUCAUUGAUGUCUGAGGGAAAUAAGUCUCGAACGGUAGCAGCUACCAACAUGAACGAAGAAAGCAGCCGCUCCCAUGCCGUGUUCAACAUCAUCAUCACGCAGACACUCUAUGACCUGCAGUCUGGGAACUCCGGGGAGAAAGUCAGUAAGGUCAGCUUGGUAGACCUGGCGGGUAGCGAGAGAGUAUCUAAAACAGGAGCUGCAGGAGAGCGACUGAAAGAAGGAAGCAACAUUAACAAAUCACUUACAACCUUGGGGUUGGUUAUAUCAUCACUGGCUGACCAGGCAGCUGGCAAGGGUAAAAGCAAAUUUGUGCCUUAUCGAGAUUCAGUCCUCACUUGGCUGCUUAAGGACAAUUUGGGAGGCAACAGCCAAACCUCUAUGAUAGCUACCAUCAGCCCAGCAGCAGACAACUAUGAAGAGACCCUCUCCACGUUAAGAUAUGCAGACCGAGCCAAAAGGAUUGUGAACCAUGCUGUUGUGAAUGAGGACCCCAACGCAAAAGUGAUCCGAGAACUGCGGGAGGAAGUUGAGAAACUGAGAGAGCAGCUCUCUCAGGCAGAGGCCAUGAAGGCCCCUGAACUAAAGGAGAAGCUUGAAGAGUCUGAAAAGCUGAUAAAAGAACUAACAGUGACUUGGGAAGAGAAGUUGAGGAAAACAGAAGAGAUCGCACAGGAAAGACAACGACAACUUGAAAGCAUGGGGAUUUCCCUGGAGAUGUCUGGUAUCAAGGUGGGGGAUGACAAAUGCUACUUAGUCAACCUGAAUGCAGACCCUGCUCUUAACGAACUUCUGGUUUAUUAUUUAAAGGACCACACCAGGGUGGGUGCAGAUACCUCGCAGGAUAUCCAGCUUUUUGGCAUAGGGAUUCAGCCUGAGCACUGUGAGAUUGACAUUGCAUCUGAUGGAGACGUCACUCUCACUCCAAAAGAAAAUGCAAGGUCCUGUGUGAACGGCGCCCUUGUGUGCAGUACUACCCAGCUGUGGCAUGGUGACCGAAUUCUAUGGGGAAAUAAUCACUUUUUUAGAAUAAACUUACCUAAGAGGAAGCGUCGAGAUUGGUUGAAAGACUUUGAGAAAGAAACGGGUCCACCGGAGCAUGACCUGGAUGCAGCCAGUGAGGCUUCCUCUGAACCAGACUAUAACUAUGAAUUUGCACAGAUGGAAGUUAUCAUGAAAACUCUGAAUAGUAAUGGUGGCUUCCCGAUAAUAAGCCUGUCUGCCUGGUGGUCAUCCCCUUGGUGGUCUUAUUUGAAGAUCCUCUUCCCUCUCUUGUGGUUUCAGACGAAGCUCCUCCACAAACACUGGGAUAAAGACCCAGUUCAAAAUGUGGUUCAGGUCCUGGAGAAACAAUACCUAGAAGAAAAGAGAAGUGCCCUAGAGGAGCAGCGGCUCAUGUAUGAGCGGGAACUGGAGCAACUCCGCCAGCAGCUCUCCCCCGAGAGGCAGCCGCAGAGCAGCGGCCCCGACCGCCUGGCCUACAGCAGCCAGACAGCACAGCAGAAGGUGACCCAGUGGGCAGAGGAGAGGGAUGAACUCUUCCGACAAAGCCUGGCAAAGCUGCGAGAGCAGCUGGUGAAAGCUAACACCUUGGUGAGGGAAGCAAACUUCCUGGCUGAGGAAAUGCGCACACUCACCGAUUACCAGGUGACUCUUCAGAUCCCUGCUGCAAACCUCAGUGCCAAUAGGAAGAGAGGUGCAAUAGUGAGUGAGCCAGCUAUCCAAGUGAGGAGGAAAGGAAAGAGCACCCAAGUGUGGACCAUUGAGAAGCUGGAGAAUAAAUUAAUUGAUAUGAGAGACCUUUACCAAGAAUGGAAGGAAAAAGUUCCUGAGGCAAAGAGACUCUAUGGGAAACGAGGUGACCCUUUCUAUGAAGCCCAAGAGAAUCACAACCUCAUCGGGGUGGCGAAUGUGUUCUUGGAAUGUCUCUUCUGUGAUGUGAAACUUCAGUAUGCAGUCCCCAUCAUCAGCCAGCAGGGGGAGGUUGCAGGGCGUCUCCACGUGGAAGUGAUGCGUGUUACCGGAGCUGUUCCAGAGCGUGUGGUGGAGGAUGACUCUUCGGAGAAUUCCAGUGAAAGUGGGAGCCUUGAAGUCGUAGACAGCAGCGGGGAGAUCAUUCAGCGAGUCAAAAAACUGACAUGUCGGGUAAAAAUUAAAGAAGCAACAGGGCUGCCCUUAAACCUCUCAAAUUUUGUCUUCUGUCAAUACACAUUCUGGGACCAGUGUGAGUCUACAGUUGCUGCCCCAGUGGUAGACCCCGAGGUGCCUUCACCACAGUCCAAGGAUGCCCAGUACACAGUGACCUUCUCCCACUGUAAGGACUACGUGGUGAAUGUAACAGAAGAAUUCCUGGAGUUCAUUUCAGAUGGAGCACUGGCCAUUGAAGUGUGGGGCCACCGGUGCGCUGGAAAUGGCAGCUCCAUCUGGGAGGUCGAUUCUCUUCAUGCUAAGACAAGAACACUGCAUGACAGGUGGAAUGAAGUAACUCGGAGAAUAGAAAUGUGGAUCUCCAUACUAGAAUUGAAUGAGUUAGGGGAGUAUGCUGCAGUAGAACUUCAUCAGGCAAAAGAUGUCAACACAGGAGGCAUCUUUCAACUGAGACAGGGUCAUUCCCGUAGAGUACAAGUCACGGUAUCACCUGUGCAGCAUUCAGGGACACUGCCGCUUAUGGUUGAAGCCAUCCUGUCAGUAGCCAUCGGUUGUGUAACUGCCAGGUCCACCAAACUCCAGAGAGGGCUGGACAGUUACCAGAGAGAUGAUGAGGAUGGUGAUGAUAUGGAUAGUUAUCAGGAAGAAGACUUAAACUGCGUAAGAGAGAGGUGGUCAGAUGCACUCAUUAAACGGCGAGAAUACUUGGAUGAACAGAUAAAAAAAGUCAGCAAUAAAACAGAGAAAACAGAGGACGAUGUUGAGAGGGAAGCCCAGCUUGUGGAGCAGUGGGUAGGGCUAACCGAGGAAAGGAAUGCUGUGCUGGUGCCUGCCCCAGGCAGUGGGAUUCCUGGGGCACCUGCCGACUGGAUCCCACCUCCUGGAAUGGAAACCCACAUACCAGUUCUCUUUCUCGACUUGAAUGCGGAUGACCUCAGUGCCAAUGAGCAGCUUGUCGGCCCCCAUGCAUCCGGAGUGAACUCCAUCCUGCCCAAGGAGCAUGGCAGCCAGUUUUUCUACCUGCCCAUCAUAAAACACAGUGACGAUGAGGUUUCAGUCACAGCCUCUUGGGAUUCCUCGGUGCAUGAUUCUGUUCACUUGAAUAGGGUCACGCCACAGAAUGAAAGGAUUUACCUAAUUGUGAAAACCACAGUCCAGCUCAGCCACCCGGCUGCUAUGGAGCUAGUAUUACGAAAACGGAUUGCAGCCAAUAUUUACAACAAGCAGAGUUUCACGCAGAGUUUGAAGAGGAGAAUAUCCCUGAAAAACAUAGUUUAUUCCUGUGGCGUAACUUAUGAAAUAGUAUCCAAUAUACCAAAGGCAACUGAGGAGAUAGAGGACCGGGAAACACUGGCUCUCCUGGCAGCAAGGAGUGAAAAUGAAGGCACGUCAGACGGGGAGACGUACAUUGAGAAGUACACUCGGGGUGUGCUGCAGGUGGAAAACAUUCUGAGUCUUGAACGGCUCCGGCAGGCCGUCACGGUCAAAGAAGCACUUUCCACCAAAGCCCGGCACAUUCGGAGGAGCCUCAGUACACCAAAUGUUCAUAAUGUCUCUUCCAGCCGACCAGACCUUUCUGGCUUUGAUGAAGAUGAUAAGGGUUGGCCAGAGAACCAGUUAGACAUGUCUGACUACAGCUCCAGUUACCAAGAUGUAGCAUGUUAUGGAACUUUACCCAGGGAUUCUCCUCGAAGGAAUAAAGAAGGUAGUGGUUGUACAUCGGAGACUCCUCAUGCCUUAACCGUCAGCCCUUUUAAAGCAUUUUCUCCUCAGCCGCCAAAGUUUUUCAAGCCCCUAAUGCCUGUAAAAGAGGAGCAUAAGAAAAGGAUAGCCCUUGAAGCAAGGCCUCUUCUAAGCCAGGAGAGCAUGCCUCCACCUCAGGCUCAUAACCCUGGCUGCAUUGUGCCCUCAGGAAGCAGUGGCAGCAGCAUGCCAGUAGAACACAAUAGCAAACGUGAGAAGAAGAUUGACUCUGAGGAGGAAGAAAAUGAGCUGGAUGCUAUUAACAGGAAGCUGAUAAGUUCACAGACUUACGUGCCUGUGGAGUUUGCUGACUUCAGUGUUUACAACGCCAGCUUGGAGAACAGGGAAUGGUUUUCCUCAAAAGUAGAUCUGUCAAACUCACGGGUCUUGGAGAAAGAAGUGUCCCGUAGCCCUACCACCAGCAGUAUUACCAGUGGCUACUUUUCCCACAGUGCCUCCAAUGCCACCCUGUCUGAUAUGGUGGUCCCUUCUAGUGACAGCUCAGAUCAGCUGGCCCUUCAGACAAAGGACGCAGACUCCACCGAGCACUCCAUACCAUCGCUUGUGCAUGAUUUCAGGCCGUCCUCAAACAAAGAGUUAACAGAAGUAGAAAAAGUCUUGGUAAAGGACAAGAUGAGUAUGGUGCCACUCAAGGAAAACAGUGCCUUAGCCAGAGGGAGCCCGUCAUCCCAAAACAUCCCUGAGAAAAACUCCAAAUCGCCGUGCAGGACUGGCUCAUGUGCAGAACCAGAUGUCUGCCCCAGCAAAAGCAGCCAGCCAGCCAGGGGAUUCUUCCCCAGGGAGGUGACAGUAGAACACACCACCAACAUCCUUGAGGACCAUUCUUUCACAGAGUUUAUGGGGGUGUCAGAGGGAAAAGAUUUUGAUGGUUUGACAUAUUCUUCUGCUGGAGAGCUUUCGAGUAGGAAGAACCUACCGAAUAAAACAGGCAGCAGGACCGUCUCAGAUGGGCUCCACCACCCCAGCCAGCUGCAUUCCAAGUUAGAGAAUGACCAGAGUCUUGCUCUCGCUCUGUCGCCCGGGCUACAGUGCAGUGUCACGAUCUUGGCUCACAGCAACCUCUACCUUCCCGGCUCAAGCAGUCCUCCUGCCUCAGCCUCUCGUGUAGCUGGGACUACAGGCACACACCACCACACCUGGCUAAUUUUCUUUAUUUUCACCGUGUGGCCAGGCUGGUCUCAAACUUCUGACCUCAGGUGAUCCAUUUGCCUCUACCUCCCAAAGUGCGGGGAUUACAGGCGUGAGCCACCACACCUGGCCAAUAAAUGUUGGUUAAUUUUCAUAUGGGAGCAGAAUGAGUUUUUGCUACUAUUGCUAAGGAGAAUUGCAAAUUAUAUAAAUAAGAGACGUUCUGCUUCUGAGCAUUCUGCUCUGAAGUACCACCAACUGUAAGAGUUAUGGAAGAAGAGUCAUGGAUUAGCAAAAUAAAGAACUGACAGAGCUAGAAAAUGGCUUGGUGAAAGUAAGAUAAUCAUGCUGCCACUCUAUCCCUUUGUUUUGCUGAGCAAGUUAUUCCAUCGAUGUGGCUUUUUGCCCCAUUGCUUUUGCCCCUGCUUUCCAUACCAGCUCUUAAAAUUUCAGUGUAUGGUCAUUUUUAUAGCAUACUCAUUACUGAACUGCCAAAACCUAAACAGUCAUCUCUGACAAGAAGAAAAAGACUUCCUUCCCCAAUGUAAGAAUAAUCAUAGAGUCACUCACCACUGUUCUUGCAAGCAAUACAUGCAUUUGUUUAGGUCUUCAACUUCCUUUACAUGGAUUAAAGCAGAAGCUACAUGGCUGGUGUACAUCAGCUUUUCAGUCCUUGUUGGUUACGAAGGCCAGUGUCAAAGACUCUUUAAUUAUUUACCCUAAGGUUAGGUUCGCUUCUCAAACCUAAAGGUGCUACAAACUUUAGGGGCACAGAGUGUGUGGCAGAGGGUGCCUUUUAAAAAUUCAAAUUCACGGCCAGGCUCAGUGGCUCAAGCCUAUAAUACCAGCACUUGGGGAGGCUGAGGCAGGUGGAUUGCCAGAGGUCAGGAGUUCAAAACCAGCCUGGCCAACAUGGUGAAACCGCAUCUCUACUAAAAGUACAAAAAUUAGCCAGGCAUAGUGCCACAUGCUUAUAAUCCCAGCUACUUGGGAGGCUGAGGCAGGAGAAUCACUUGAACCCAGGAGGCAGAGGUUGCAAUGAGCCAAGAUUGCGCCACUGCACUCUAGCUUGGGCAACAGAGCAAGACUCCGUCUCAAAAAAAAAAAAAAAAUUCAAAUUCGCCUGGGCUUGGUGGCUUGCGCCUGUAGUUCCAGCUAUUCUGGAGGCUGAGGCAGGAUGAUCACUUGAGCCCAGGAGCUCAAGACCAGUCUGGACAACAGAGUGAGAUCCUGUCUCUGUUUAAAUAAUUUUAAAAAUGAAAUAAAAUUUUUAAAAAUUCAAAUUCCCGGGAGUCACUGCCCUCCAGCCCUAAGAUUUUGCUUUAUACAGUGUGCAUCGGGGAAAUAAGGUAUUCACAAACCCUUCUUUCCUCCCUAUCCCCUUCCACCCCCAUAGAGUAAUAGGAGACAGGGCAUCUGAGGGCCAUACUGUGGGAAGCACUGCCCAUGGAAGAGGGAAGAGGGGCAACAACCCCAUUCUUGCCUAGAUUAUUUAGGACCCAAUAGGAAGAGGUAAGGAUUGGAAAAUUUCCAGAAUAGUGUGUUCCUGCCAAAGACCAUGCUUUAAAAUGAAAUUUACAAACAUGGUAGUUAUAUCAAAAUAAUGGGAUUAUAGAGAUUUUUCUCCAUUAAAAAGUUUUUGGAGACCAGGCACAGUGGCUCAUGCCUACAGUGUCAGCACUUUGGGAGGCCAGGGCAGGAGGAUCACUUAAGCCCAGGAGUUUGACAUCAUCCUGGGCAACAUAGCAAGACCUCGUCUCUAAAAAAUGAAAAAUAUUUUUGACUUAAUGUUUUUGUUACAUUGGUUUGAAUAAUUUGUUUUGACGGUUUAAUUUUUUCUGAGAACUCUCAGUUGGACUUUCGUUCGAACCCCUGAAACGACUUGGACUGCACAUCUAGAAGUAACUUUUUUUCUUUUUUGAGAUGGAGUCUCACUCUGUCACCCAGGCUGGAGUGCAGUGGUGCAAUCUCGGCUCAUUGCAACCUCCACCUCCCUGGUUAAAGUGAUUCUCCUGUCUCAGCCUCCUGAGUAGCUGGGAUUACAGGCACAGGUCGCCACGCCUGGCUAAUUUUUUGUAUUUCUAGUAAAGAAGGGGUUUCACCGUGUUCCCCAGGUUGGUUUCAAACUUCUAAGCUCAGGCAAUCCACCUACCUCAGCCUCCCAAGGUGCUAGGAUUACAAGCAUGAGCCACCGUACCCAACCUAACUUUUUUUCUUUUUAACUUUUACUUUGGGUGUUGCUGUCAUUACUUUUCCCAGAAACAUCACCUCAGGACUUCUACAGUGUGAAUUCCAGCACUGGAUUCCAUAAUAAAACCAAUCCUGUCAAUCCCUUUAGGAAGAGCUCCUUUCUUGUAGUGGGUGUGGAAU